AGAGAAAGGAACGAAUUUUUUCUCUCUUUGUUUAUGGGUCAUAAAAAUCUGGUAGCUUUUGGUUUUUCAGUUUAUCCGAAGCAUUGCACGUCGAGGGUUUCGCUUGGGGGUUGCUAGGGUUUCACGAAUUUUUUGUGCUACAUGUUUCUCUAGAGAGAAAUGAUGUCGACUCUGCUUCACACCCCUGUCAGUGCUGUUGAGGUUGGAUCUUACUUCGUUGGCCAGUAUUAUCAGCUUCUUAAACAAUCGCCGGAUUUUGCUCAUCAGUUCUAUACGGAUACAAGUUCAGUGCUUCAUGUUGAUGGGAAUACUAGCGAGUUGGCAACAUCAAUGCUGCAAAUCCAUACGCUUAUCAUGUCACUCAAUUUUACUGAAAUUGAGGUCAAAACAGUACAUUCUCUGAACUCAUGGGAGGGAGGAGUUCUCGUUAAGGUUUCAGGUUGUGUGCGAACCAAGGAUUUCAGUGGUGGGAGGAAAUUUGUACAGACCUUUUUCCUUGCUCCUCAGGAGAAAGGCUUCUUUGUUCUCAAUGAUAUCUUUCUCUUCCUUGACGAGGAACAGAUUCACCAGCACCCGACAGCUAUGCUGGCUCAGAACAAUUUUGAUUCUAAACUAAAUGCAUCUAGUCCUAUUCUGGAGCCAGCUUCAGACUAUUUGCUCAGGGAAGAAAUUCAGGCUGCAAAUUUCGUGGCAGCAGUUCAUUUGGAAGAAAGUGAUCCAGUUGACAAGUACAGUCCUCCAGAAGUUCAGCUGCAGCAAGUCUCUGAAGCAGAAUACAUAGUGGAUGAAACUGCACUGGAAGGGAUGACAGGUUCAUUUCGAAGUGCAAUGAACUCUGUCCGAGAUUUUCCUGUCCCAAUUGAGGAACCUGUUGGAAAGCCUCUGAAGAAGACUUAUGCCUCUAUUUUACGGGUUGCAAAAGGGCAAUCUGUUUCAUCAGUGGCUCCUCCGCCAUCUUUAAACAAAGGCACGACACCUACUUUAGAAUGGAAUCCUGCAGGACACCUGAAUUAUUCACAGUCCUACCCUUCAUCAACAAAUGUUCCUGAAAAGUCUGGUGCAGAAGCAACAGAUGAAGUGACUGCCAUAGAAGAAGCAGGUGAAGUGAGAUCCGUCUAUGUGAGGAACUUGCCCACUACCAUUGCUGCUUCUGACAUUGACCAGGAGUUUAAGAACUUUGGUAGAAUCAGGCCUGACGGGGUGGCCAUCAGACACCGCAAGGAAUUUGGUGUGUGCUAUGCAUUUGUUGAAUUUGAAGAUGCCUUCGGUGUUCAAAAUGCAAUUCAGGCAUCUCCAAUACAGCUUGGUGGGAGACAAAUACACAUUGAGGAGCGGAGAGCAAACAGCAACAGCAUAUAUCGAGGAAGAAGGGGAAGAGAGCGGAACAGCCAUCAGACAGAGGCCCCAAGGGGGCGUUUUGGUGGUCGGAAUUUUGGCUGGGGAAGUGGCCAAGAUGGUGCUGAGAGGGACUAUGACAACAGUCCUCGAGGUAAUGGUUUCCAUCAGCGAGGUCCAAGACCAGACAGAGGGGCAUUGGCACACCAAGUAUCAAGAAAUGGGCAGAACCCAAUAGAGCCAGCCACUUAUUAAUUUUCCAGCAGCGGGAAAGGUUUUUCUGGUAGUAAAAUUUUCGU